GUUUCUGAUGUCUUUCAGUUUUAGUAACAGUAACAGUUAAUAAAAAUGAAUUUCGCGUCAAGAGGUUGUUUUAUGAUUUUUAAUUUAUGCAUAUUAGUCUUACCAGCCUUAUGUGGACGUGACUUCUACAAUAUACUCAAUGUGCCACGCCAUGCAACCAAAAACCAAAUUAAGAAAGCCUAUCGUCUGCUUGCUCAAAAAAUGCACCCAGACAAAAACAAAGAAGAUCCCAAAGCUUCAGAAAAAUUCAGUAAUAUAAAUGAUGCUUAUUCAAUACUUUCAAACGAAGAGAAAAGAGAAAUGUAUGACAGAUGUGGAGAAGAAUGUGUGAUGAAAGACACUGGUGGAAUGGGCGGAGGGGAUCCUUUUGCAAGUUUCUUUGGAGACUUUGGCUUCUUCGGAGGAGGUGGGCAAGAGUCUCGGGACACUCCUAAAGGAGCCACAAUCACAAUGGAUCUCUGGGUCACUCUAGAAGAGCUUUAUAACGGAAACUUCAUAGAAAUAACUCGCAACAAACCAGUGAUGAGGCCGGCCAAGGGCACUCGCAAGUGUAACUGUCGUCAGGAGAUGACCACUAGACAGCUGGGCCCUGGCAGGUUCCAGAUGAUGCAACAAACUGUAUGCGACGAGUGUCCCAACGUCAAAUUGGUCAACGAGGAGCGGACACUGGAGAUAGAGGUGGAGCCAGGCAUGACAGAUGGACAGGAGACGAAGUUUGUAGCCGAGGGAGAGCCUCACAUAGACGGCGACCCUGGAGAUCUGGUGUUAAGGAUACGGACGAUGCCACACAAAGUGUUUGAGAGGCGAGGUGACGACUUGUACACAAAUGUGACACUUAGUCUGCAGGAUGCCCUGACAGGCUUCUCUAUGGAGAUAGAACAUCUUGACGGAAGGAAGGUGCUGAUUCAAAGAGACAAGAUAACGUGGCCCGGAGCCAGAAUCAGAAAGAAAGGAGAAGGGAUGCCCAACUAUGAGAACAAUAACCUGCAUGGAACUCUGUAUAUAACUUUUGACAUCGAGUUCCCUAAAGUAGAACUGUCGACUGAGGAUAAGGAAGCAAUAAAGAAGAUCCUGAACCAGAAGUCUGUCAGUUCAGUGUACAACGGGCUUGGAGGUUUUUGAAGAGCCCAGGUUGAGUUCAGCUUGUCAGUAGUGGUACUGUUACUACAAUACAAGCUACAAGGAAGCAACAGGCUGAUCCCAAUACAUUUGGCUGUGUUAACGAGUAACAUUUAGUUCUUCAAACUGAAGUGUGUUUUGUUCAUAUCGCAAGUUUUCAAACCAGUGUUUAGUUUGUACAUAGGUCCUGUCUGACAGUGUUUUUCCUACCGUGUAAUAAAAUAUGUUGUGUUAUUUAA